AUGACUACCGACAAGUUCCUGGUACAGAAAGCACCUUAUCCCCAUUUCCUGGGCAGAUGGAUGGAGGAUCUGAUUCCAGGGCCAAUGGACCACCUCCAGCCACCAGACCUGGGCGAGUUGGGCCAGACACAGCAGCUGGUCACCCCUGCCCACGUGCGGGCCCAGUACGUGGCCCUGCUGCAGCGCAGCCACGGCGCCCGGUCGCGAGGGAAGAGGUUCAGCCAGAACUUCCGAGAGGUGGCCGGCAGGUUCCUGGUGUCCGAGGCCUCCACGCACCUGCUGGUGCUCAGCAUGGAGCGGCGGCUGCCCCCCAACAGCGAGCUGGUGCAGGCUGUGCUGCGCCUCUUCCAGGAGCCGGUCCCCGAGGCCGCGCUCCGCAGGCACGAGAGGCUGUCCCCUCGCAGCGACCUGGCCCGGGUCACCAUCGAGUGGCUGCACGUCCGUGCUGAUGGCUCCAACCGCACCUCCCUCAUUGACUCCAGGCUGGUGUCCAUCCACGAGAGCGGCUGGAAGGCCUUCGACGUGACCGAGGCCGUGAACUUCUGGCAGCAGCUGAGCCGGCCCCAGGAGCCGCUGCUGCUGCAGGUGUCAGUGCAGCGGGAGCACCUGGGCCCGCUGGCCUCCAGCGCCCACAGGCUGGUCCGCUUUGCCUCCCAGGGGCCUUGGGACGGCGCGCAGGGCGAGCCCCAGCUGGAGCUGCACACCCUGGACCUCGGGGACUUCGGAGCUCAGGGCAACUGUGACCCCGAGGCCCCAGUGACCGAGGGGACCCGCUGCUGCCGCCAGGAGAUGUACAUUGACCUGCAGGGGAUGAAGUGGGCCGAGCACUGGGUGCUGGAGCCCCCGGGCUUCCUGGCCUAUGAGUGCGUGGGCACCUGCCAGCAGCCCCCGCAGGCCCUGACCUUCAAGUGGCCGUUCCUGGGGCCGAGGCAGUGCAUCGCCUCGGAGACCACCUCGCUGCCCAUGAUCGUCGGCAUCAAGGAGGGCGGCAGGCUCCGCGCCCAGGUGGUCAGCCUGCCCGACAUGCGGGUGCAGAAGUGCAGCUGCGCCUCGGACGGGGCGCUCGUGCCAAGGCGGCUGGAGCCGUAAGGCGCUGGGCACGGCCACCGUGGGGCUUGACGUGGGCGCUUCAGAAGUGUCCCAGGUACCAGGAGAGACGGGGGUUGCUGAUGGGCAGAUGCUCUGUGCUCUCUGAAUUCGCUUCCUCUGACCAUUCAGCUCACCUCCUAAUAUUCGCUCCCCAGGAACAAGACUCCCUGGUCACCGGGCAGCCUGUCCAGGCUUCUCUCUCCUUCGUAUUAUCCGCUGCACUAUAUCCUAAGCACUUACCUGUGUAGGUUCUGUAAUCUAUGAGCGGAAACGCCCAUUUGCCAUUGUUGCCCUCUCCCAGGAGCUGGGCUGAGCUCUGGUAUGGGCUAGAGAUCCAGCUGCCACUCCGGGCUUCAAACCGAGGCUCAAGUAUGGGUUGUGCGUUCUCGUCUCAGAUACGGAGGGCAUUUUGCAAGAAAGAAAGAAAACGCAUUUUAUUCUGUGUUUUUAUAUUUUACCAAGAAGCCUGCCCGUUGUUGAGGAAACAGAACGUUCUAGAGGGACAAGGUUAACGUGAUGAGAAAACGAAGGGACGAGCUAUAAGACAUGGUCAAGGUCUCCGUUCAGAAGGACAGGAAGCUAGGACUGACAUGCAUUCAGAUUCCAGGUGCCUGUCCGCUUAGAAUGGAAGCCGAAAUCUUGUCAUUGUUGUCGACGUGUUUACUCUUUUCAAUUCGACUUGCGAUCAAAUAAGAAAAUCUGGUCAUCAGUACUACAGUAAUGUGGUCACUCCUGUAACUGUUGGGGCAGGUACGGGGAGCAAGUGUUGAAAUUGUUGGCUAUCACACUUUAGAACAGUGGUUCUCAACCUUCUGGCCCUUUAAAUACAGUUCCUCA